AAUUUGAUUGCUAAACAUUGAUUUAUUCUGUUUAUGUCACAUCAACGCAUUUGAUUGGCUCCGCAACCGGAAGUACAUAUCAUGUGAUUUGAGGGAUCAGCUGAUCAUCCGUAGACAUCUUUACGAGUCACGACACCAGCGAUUAAUUCAUACCUUCUCAAUUGAUAUUCUCGGGCCCGUUGACAGCUGCAACCAUGGCGCUCAGCGAUGCCGACGUUCAGAAGCAGAUCAAGCACAUGAUGGCCUUCAUCGAGCAGGAGGCCAACGAAAAGGCGGAGGAGAUUGAUGCCAAGGCGGAGGAAGAGUUCAACAUCGAGAAGGGCCGACUGGUCCAAACCCAGAGGCUGAAAAUAAUGGAGUACUAUGAGAAGAAAGAAAAGCAGAUUGAGCAACAGAAGAAAAUUCAAAUGUCAAACCUGAUGAACCAAGCUCGGCUGAAGGUACUGAAGGCCCGUGAUGAUAUGAUCUCGGAUAUGCUGAAUGAGGCCCGCCAGCGGCUCGCUAACGUGGCCAAAGACCCGGCCAAGUAUCCAGCUCUGAUGGACGGUCUGGUCUUACAGGGUUUUUAUCAGCUGCUGGAGCCCAAAGUGACAAUCCGCUGCCGUAAACAGGACGUUCAGAUGGUGCAGGCAUCCAUCCAGAGAAACGCAGCCAUAUAUAAAGAAGCGGUGAAAAGCAACAUUGAGGCCCGCAUUGACCAGGACAACUUCCUUUCCCCAGAUAUUUCUGGAGGCAUUGAGAUCUAUAACGGUACUGGGAAGAUUAAGGUGGCCAACACUCUGGAGAGCAGACUGGACCUCAUGGCUCAGCAGCAUGUUCUAGUAGGAAUACAGGACUCUGCUGUGGGAUACAAGGACAUGGUGAUCUCACGCUACCUGGCUCUGGUCACUUUUGUACCCCUUGUGUGGGUUGUGAGGGAGAAUGCCGGGAUGCCGGACCCGGCCCAAAGGGACUUGCUGAUGCGUCAGGAGGCAUCCAGGCAAACGGGAGGCCUGCUGACGCUGACAGCUGCCGAGCAGAAGCUGGACGCUUACCUCCAUCGAUUAAAAGAGCAGGAAAUGUCUGCCGCCCACUUUCCCCCCACUCUUCACUUCUUCAAGGCGAAGCCUCUCAUCCAGAAGAGCUCAAUCUUCAAACUGCUGCAGAAAAUGCCUAAAGGUAAGGAAAAUGCCCAGCAGAUGGAUGGGUUACUCAAUAGUUUAAUGCAGCACCUCACACUUUUCACUGAUGACCCGGAUGGUGAAUACCCAAACCAGGACGUGGUUUGGGAGAAGUUUGAGAAAGCUUUCAUCGCAGCUGCAGGGCUCACCACCCAUGCCCCUGUGCUGAGAGACUACUUCUAUCAGGGCCUAGAGGAACUAUACCAUGACAACAUCAUGUAUCUGGAAAUCCGCAGUGGCCUUUCAAGGGUUGGCAGGGAGAACAGUGGGAGGACUCUUUGGUACUUCAAGGAAGCUCUCUCUCUGCCAGCUGAACUGGGUGCGACUCUUCCAUAUUUCUUUCAUGCGGGGGAGACGGCAGAUGAUGAAGGCACAGAUAUAGAUCAAAAUAUUCUGGAUGCUCUUAUAUUCAACACUACUCGAAUCGGUCACGGUUAUGCUUUGGCACACCAUCCCCUUGCCAAAGAGCUCUCCAGGAGAAGAAACAUAGCCGUGGAAUUAUGCCCCAUCUCAAACCAGGUGCUAAAGCUGGUGUCAGAUCUGAGGAACCACCCUGCAGCUGUGCUGAUGUCUGAAGGCCACCCCAUGGUAAUCAGCUCUGACGAUCCUUCCUUAUUCGGCAACACAGGCCUUUCCUACGACUUUUAUGAAGCAUUUGUUGGAAUUGGAGGUCUGAAGGCAAACCUGGGAACGCUGAAAGAGCUGGCACUAAACUCCAUCAGGUAUAGUUCACUACCACCUCACCUUAAGAAUGAUGCUAUCGUCAUGUGGCAGAACAAAUGGGACGCCUUCAUCUCCAAUAAUUCAUGACUGCAAAACCUUAAUGGAUCCUGUCUGACUUGAAUGAUGUUUUAUUACCUUUGAACGAACAACAACUGCACAUUGCCAUAAGCUGAAUUUGUCCAUUAUAAAUAAUUGAUGGCCCUUGAAGUUCCAUUCCACUGAAAGCAU